AUGAGUAAAAGAGUGGUGAGCGAUUCUACUGGCCUGUAUAGGCUAAAUAUUGUGAAUAAAGAGAGAAAUAACCAAGAUGAAAAUACGACUGAACAGAAAAUACAUGGAAAUGAACGAGACACAGAGGAAUCCUCUCCAAGCAAGGCAGGACAGCCUCCAUCGCCAAGAAGAACCGCUCUGAAAAUUGACUUGUCAAAUACUGAAUCCAAUGAUCAGGAAACGGAGAAGGAAAUAAUGACAAAGAUUGCUAAAGUAGAAGAUGAAAUUUUACAAUGUGAAUCAAAAUUAGUUAGUUUGAAUCAAGAACUGAAAGCAUUACAACAGAAAUUACGUCCAGUAAUAAAUCAAAAUGCGGUUGAUGAAAGGAGUGAGAAUACUAGUUUGUUAAGUGCUUCACCUGAGAAGUCGUUAUUAGGAUCUCCUAACUCAACAUGGAAAUUAUUCAAAGAAAAUGGAUCAAACUUACUUAAAAAGUUCAAAGAUUUCACCAUUAACGAUGAACAAGAACAGGAAUAUGAUGAUUACCUGGCAAAGAACAGGAACAAUGGGAUACAUCACUUCACCGUUAAGAAUGGCCUCAAUUACGAGUAUGAUACUGGAUCUGAACCCGAUCAAGAUUCCAAUGACAGUGACCAAAUAUAG